AUGAAAAGGGUUAUAACAAAUACAAUAUUCUCAUCCUCUUCACCUUCUUUGGUUGCAAGAAGAUUGAGAUGUACUACUAGUAAACAAUCAACAAUACUGCCGAUAACAACAAAGUGUAUUACUACAAUCAAUAAUAAUAAUAAUAAUAAUAAUAUAUAUAAAUAUCAACAAAAACAUGCAAAUCUAAACUACUAUUCAUUCUAUUCUACUUCAUCUGUAAAUAAUAAUAAUAAUAAGAAAAAUGAAGAAGAAAAAGAGGAUAAAGAAGAGGAUAAAGAAGAGGAUAAGGAUAAAGAAGAAGAGGAAGAAAAAGAAGAAGAGAAAAAUGAAGAAGAGGAAUGUCAUGAAAUCAAUUUGGUACUUAGAAACGUACCAAGAGAACAUAGAACCACUCUAGACCCCAAUCCAAAUGUAUACCUUGUACGUGAGGCUGGUUCAACACCCAAUGUCAUAAGACCAUUUGAAUCGAUAGCCAAACAAUUUGGUUUCAAAGAUCCAUUCACUUUCUUGCAGUCUACUAGAAGUAUUCCUUCCUUUGUAUUCAAAGUUUUGCCAUAUAUCUAUACAUUCUCAUUUCCCAAAUGGAUUAAUCAAUCUGAUUUUCUUUCGAAUUCAGUGAUUGGCUUAUUGACAAGUUUUGAAGCAGCAUUUGAAAAUGAUUUCGAUAGAAUGAAAGAAAUGACUACACCGGCUGGAUUGGGACAGUUAUGUUUUGUUCGAGAUGUCUUUGAAACUUGGUGUUGGGUAGAUUAUCAGAUUGACUUUAAAACUGCCGAUAUUGUCUAUUACGAUUGUACAGUUGAAGCUGGUUUGAUCAUUGUCAAUGUAACCUAUAGAUUAAAUGCAGACUUUACUGCAUAUGGAUCUGAAAAGGAUGGUUCAGAGACAUCAGUUUCCAACAAUGGAUACAUUGUCAAUGCAUCAUGGGUUUCGGAAUUGCCAAAAUCAGAAAAUGAAGAGGAUUUGGAUUGGAAAUUGGAUAUCGUCAUUUCAAGCUUUUUCCGUUAA